AUGUCGGGAGUCACACUUAUCACCGACCGGCUCGAACAGCCAGAACUCGACGAUCGCUUGUAUCGAGUGAUCAAGCUGGGGAAUCAAUUGGAAGCUUUAUUGGUACAUGAUCCGGAUACAGACAAGGCCAGUGCCUCGGCAAAUGUCAAUGUGGGAAAUUUCUCGGAUGAUGAUGCUAUGCCGGGGAUGGCGCAUGCUGUAGAGCAUUUAUUGUUUAUGGGAACUGAAAAGUAUCCAAUAGAGAAUGCGUACAACCAAUAUCUCGCUGCCCACUCGGGCUCUUCCAACGCAUACACCGGAGCUAUAGAGACGAAUUACUUUUUCGAGAUCGCCGCCACCGGAGAGAGUGAUGCUUCACAGAGUACUAAUGGAACGAGUGAUAAGAGCGCCGCGUCGUCGUCGACAUCAUUGUCAACCGAUAGUACGACGUCUCCAUUAUACGGAGCAUUGGACCGGUUUGCGCAGUUCUUCAUUGCGCCUUUAUUUCUAGAGUCUACAUUGGAUCGAGAGUUGAGGGCGGUUGACUCAGAGAACAAGAAGAAUUUACAGAGCGAUGUGUGGAGAUUGAUGCAACUCAACAAGUCGUUAUCGAAUCCGGAACAUCCUUAUCACAAAUUUUCAACAGGAAAUCUACAAACUCUCCGUGAUGAUCCGCAAAGCCGCGGUGUCGAAGUCCGCAGUAAAUUCAUCGAGUUUCACAAAAUGCAUUACUCCGCCAAUCGUAUGAAGCUUGUUGUCCUAGGUCGUGAAUCGCUCGAUCAGCUCGAGAGCUGGGUUGUCGAGUUGUUCUCAAAGGUAGAGAACAAAAAUUUACCCCAAAAUCGAUGGGACGAUGUGCAGCCUUUGUCCGCAGAUCAGCUUUGCACCCAAGUCUUUGCGAAGCCUGUGAUGGAUUCGCGAUCAUUGGAUAUUUACUUUCCAUUUUUGGACGAAGAGGAAUUGUACGAAACUCUCCCCAGUCGAUAUAUCAGCCAUUUGAUCGGUCAUGAGGGUCCCGGUAGUAUUUUGUCGUAUAUCAAAGGACAAGGUUGGGCAAAUGGGCUUUCUGCUGGCGCGAUGUCCGUGGGUCCAGGAUCGGCUUUUUUCACCAUCUCUGUGCGCCUUACAGAGGAUGGUUUGGCACAUUACAAGGAGAUUGUCAAAAUCAUUUUCCAGUACAUUGCUAUGAUCAAAGAGCGGGCUCCAGAGAAAUGGAUAUAUGAUGAGAUGCAAAAUUUGGCAGAGGUCGAAUUCCGCUUCAAGCAGAAAUCACCCGCUUCGCGGUUUACGAGUCGUUUGAGCAGUGUGAUGCAGAAACCUUUACCUCGUGAAUGGUUGCUUAGUGGCAACAAUCUGCUCAGAAAGUUCGAUGCCGACUUGAUCACCAAGGCUUUGUCGUAUCUGCGUAGCGACAACUUUAGACUGAUGAUUGUUUCACAGCAUUUCCCGGGCGAUUGGAAUGCAAGAGAGAAAUGGUAUGGGACAGAGUACAAGGAAGAGAAAAUUCCCCAGGACUUUUUGAAAGAGAUUGCGAACGCCUUGGCGUCUUCACCAUCGGAACGAGUUCAAGAUCUCCAUAUGCCGCAUAAGAACGAGUUUAUCCCUACUCGGCUGUCAGUUGAGAAGAAAGAAGUGGCACAGCCAGCCAAUACCCCGAAACUCAUUCGAUUGGAUGAUCAUGUUCGUGUGUGGUAUAAGAAGGAUGAUAGAUUCUGGGUACCAAAGGCCACGGUCCAUAUUACCUUGAGAAACUCGCUAGUCUGGGCUACACCUGCCAAUCAUGUUAAAGCGAAACUUUAUUGCGAGCUGGUCAGAGAUGACCUAGUGGAAUAUUCGUAUGACGCUGAACUUGCUGGAUUGGACUAUAAUCUCUCCGCCAGCAUUUUUGGUUUGGAUGUCUCGGUUGGAGGAUACAACGAUAAAAUGCCGGUGUUGCUUGAAAAGGUUAUGACUACAAUGCGUGAUCUUGUUGUUCUCCCGGAACGGUUCAAAGUUAUCAAGGAACGCUUGGCGAGAGCGUAUCGAAAUGCAGAGUAUCAACAACCAUACUACCAAGUCGGAGAUAUGACUCGCUAUCUUACGGCGGAAAAAACUUGGAUCAACGAGCAGUAUGCCGCAGAGCUGGAACACAUUGACUUUACCGACGUGGCGGCAUUCUAUCCCCAACUUCUACAGCAAAACCACAUUGAAGUCCUGGCUCAUGGAAACCUUUACAAGGAAGACGCGCUAAAGAUGACUGAUAUUGUCGAGAGCGUCGUCCGUAGCCGCACGCUCCCACAAUCUCAAUGGCAUGUGCGCAGGAAUAUCAUUUUCCCACCGGGCAGCAACUACAUCUACGAACGCCAGUUGAGGGAUCCGCAAAACGUGAACAAUUGUAUUGAGUACUAUUUGUUUGUUGGAAAGAUAACCGACGAGGUGCUCAGAGCUAAGCUUCUAUUAUUUGCCCAAAUGACAGAAGAACCAGCCUUUGAUCAGCUUCGAAGCAAAGAGCAGCUGGGUUAUGUUGUCUGGAGUGGUGCGCGCUACUCUGCAACAACUAUUGGAUAUCGCGUUAUCAUUCAGAGUGAGCGUACGGCACAUUAUCUGGAGGGUCGUAUUGACAACUUCCUGGUGCAAUUUGCCAAAACGCUGGAUGAGAUGACAGAGGAGGAAUUCGAGAGCCAUAAGCGCAGUAUCAUCAACAAGAGACUCGAGAAGUUGAAGAAUCUAGGAUCAGAGACCUCACGUUUCUGGACACAUAUUGGAUCAGAAUACUUCAAUUUCUUACAACACGAGAUCGACGCUGCAGCAGUGCGCACAUUGACCAAGCCAGAUAUUGUUGCUUUCUACCGGCAAUACAUCGACCCAUCAUCUGAAACACGGGCAAAGAUUUCUAUUCAUUUGGAUGCGCAGUCUGCUAAGACAGAUGAAUUACCCGUGGAUACCACAGACACCGCUGAAGGUGCAGAGGCAUUACACAAUCAGCUCACCAACAUCAGUCUCAGCAACGGUAAUGCGACCAUCAAGACCAGCAAACAACCUAUCUACAUCACCAAUGUACCUCAGUUCAAGGCACGGCUGCCCGUCAGUCCUGGACCUAGCCCUGUUGUGGAUUUAAGUGAGUUUGGCGAUUUUGAUUCAAAGUUGUAAUAUGUCGGUGGGUGGCAUUAAGCUUGCGCUGUAUAUUUAGUUGGAGUAUAGAUAGAGUCAUAAAGCUUUUAGAUUUG